AUGGUUAUCAAAAGGUGGGUGGCUUUUAUAUGUAGUUUCAUCGGUCUAAGAUUGCGACGAAGAAUCAAAGACUCGUCAUCUUACGAGGCAGUUGCAUCCAUUAUUGAGGGCAGGGUUGUGGAGGGACCGAAUGAAUCUCGAGGAGGAGUACCUGCACGUAGGGAGGCUAUAAUUGAGGUUCGGCUGUGUUGUGUGUGUUUAUCGAGAUUGAAGGAGGGAGAGGAGACGCGGGUACUUCCCUGCCUGCAUGAAUUCCAUAGUGUGUGUGUGGAUAGGUGGUUUACUAUGUGUCGUAGAACAUGUCCAAUGUGCCGGUUUUCGAUGGAAGAAGAGAACUCUGAGAAGAGGGAGGAGUUAAUUACUGAGGAGAUGAUGAUUUGGUUUUCUUCCUUUCAUGUUGCUGGAUUCUGA